AUGUCUGAGACAGUACCUGCUAUACCACCAGAACCUGUUCCAGCCCCUGUGGAGAAGCCUCUGCCCAAGAAGAGAGGGAAGAAACCGGUUGGCUUGAGUGGUGUUAACCGGAAGACUCCAAGUCAUUCCGUAUCUAAGUUGAUUACGGAAGCUCUGUCGGUGUCUCAGGAGCGGGCAGGCAUGUCCCUGAUUGCCCUCAAGAAAGCACUAGCAGCCGCCGGCUAUGAUGUGGAGAAGAACAACAGCCGCAUCAAGCUGGGUCUUAAGAGCCUGGUGAGCAAAGGAGUCCUAGUGCAGACCAAGGGUACUGGUGCCUCCGGGUCCUUCAAGCUCAAUAAGAAGGCCGUUCCAGAGCCCCCGAAGGGCAGGCUCACAAGGCCUGCUUCUUCUAAGACCAAAAAGCUGGUCUUACCCAGGGAUUCAAAAUCUGGAAAGAGUGCCAAGACCAACAAGAGGGCCAAGAAACCUAGAGCAGCAGGAGCUAAGAAAGCUGCCAGGAGUGGGGGAAAGGCGAAAGGAGCCAAGACCAAGCAACAGCGGAAGAGCCCAGCAAAGGCAAGAACAGUGAAACCGAAGGCUGGGAAACCUAAACUGACCCAGCAGAAACCAAAGCCUAGAAAGGCUGCAUCGAAGAAGUGA